AUGGACGCUGAGGUGGCGGAGCUGAAAGCCAACGUAAACAAUUUAUCUCAGUGCUUAUAUGCGUUGUUGAAACGGAUUGAGCAACUCGAGGAUACCGCCAUUUCCACCACUGAACAUCCCAACCUCAGCGCAACGAAAACAGCCAACGAUGCUAUCAAUAGCCAACUUUCAAUAAGGACUGCUCAGGGUGAUCCCGAAAAUAAUCCGGACCCCGGUGUGCAGGUUAAUAUGUUUAAAGUGUAUUACAUCAUCUGGAAACAACUAAAGCUGAAUAUUUUAAAUCUUGAAACUUAA